AUGUCUACCAACGAACAAACCACCGAUGAGAACAUCGAAAUCUGGAAGAUGAAGAAGCUCAUCAAGGGUCUUGAGGCUGCCCGAGGAAACGGUACCUCCAUGAUCUCCCUCAUCAUUCCCCCUAAAGAUCAGAUUUCCCGUGUCGCAAAGAUGUUGGCUGAUGAAGCCGGUACUGCCUCUAACAUUAAAUCCCGUGUGAACCGUCUUUCUGUCCUUUCCGCAAUUACCUCUACCCAGCAGCGUCUCAAGCUUUACAACAGAGUCCCUACCAACGGUUUAGUAGUCUACUGUGGUACCAUUGUCACAGACGAAGGAAAGGAAAAGAAGGUCAACAUCGAUUUUGAACCCCACAAGCCCAUCAACACCUCCCUCUACCUUUGCGACAACAAGUUCCACACAGAAGCACUCUCAGAACUUCUUGAGGCCGAUGCCCGCUUCGGUUUCAUUAUCAUGGAUGGUAACGGUUCGCUGUUUGGUACCCUUUGCGGUAACACCCGUGAUGUUAUCCACAAGCUCCAGGUCGAUUUGCCCAAGAAGCACGGUCGUGGUGGUCAGUCCGCCCUUCGUUUCUCUCGUCUUCGUGACGAAAAGCGUCACAACUACGUCCGCAAGAUUGCCGAACUCGCCGUCAACUUCUUCAUUACUGCCGAUAAAGUCAACGUGACUGGUCUUGUUUUGGCCGGUUCUGCUGAUUUCAAGACCGAGCUUUCUCAGUCCGAUCUCUUUGAUCCUCGUCUGCAGGCCAAGGUCGUCAAGAUUGUCGAUGUUUCCUAUGGUGGUGAGAACGGUUUCAACCAGGCCAUCGAACUCUCAGCCGAAGCCCUCUCGAAUGUCAAGUUCGUCCAGGAGAAGAAGCUCAUCCAGACCUACUUUGACGAGAUUUCCCAGGACAGUGGCAAGUACUGUUUCGGUAUCGACGACACCCUCAAGGCUCUUGAGCUCGGUGCUGUCGAGAGUCUCAUCGUCUGGGAGAACCUGGAGACCAAGCGUUAUGUGCUCCGUGAUGCCAGCGGAGCCGAGCAUAUCAUCCACCCCACAAAGGAGGAGGAGAAGACCCGUGCCUUUAUGAUGGACACAACCCCAGAGGCCACACCCAACGCAGAGAUGGAAGUCGUCGAUGUCAAGCCGUUAUUGGAGUGGUUCGCUGAGAAGUACAAGGAGUUUGGUGCUGCGCUUGAGUUUGUUACCAACAGAUCCCAGGAAGGUUCUCAAUUCGUAAAGGGCUUUGGUGGUAUUGGUGGUAUCUUAAGAUACCGAGUCAACUUUGAACAGCUCAACUACGAAUCCGACGAAUUCUACUCUGACGACGACGACUUCUAAACGCAACUUAAUGUACCCUUCCCUCCUUUCCUUACACCAUCAAGACGUCUUUUUUUUUCUUUACCCUUCUUUUUCUUUUUCUUUUUUUCUUUUCUUUCUUGACUUCAAAAAAGGCAGGAUUAAAGAGAGAUAAAGAAGGAUGAAGAAAGAGUGUGUAUGUGUGGCAUUAAAGAAAUGUAAACAUACAAAAAAAGGAGCUUAAUUUAAAGCCACACAAACAAAGAAGUAGAUUGUAAAAGUGUUAUUGUUCUUAUUGCUGUUUUUAUAAAUGUGUUUUAUUUAAUAUGUU